AUGGCACCUUCAAUCAUUGAGCUUUGUUCUCUGCUCUGCAUAUUGAUCUCCCCAGCCGUUGCUCAAGCACCUCAAGAUCCUCUCAAAGACUUUUGUCGACGAUAUGGACAUCAAACAACAAUCAUCGAUCGCAAAUUGUACAUCGACGGUGGAUGGGUAUAUGCCAAUCCGAUUCCACAGAAUCCAAUUCCUACCAUAAAUCAGGUACUAGUGUACAGUGAUUUGGAGCAUUCGAAAGAUGGGAUGCCACCACAAUAUGCCAACCUAUCAAAGAACAGCACAGUCCCAGAUGUAGCAGGAGGAACACUAUGGCCAGACGAAGUCAAUAAAGUAUUUUGGCUUUAUGGAGGCGAAUUCUCAGCCGCGCCCAGCACAUUUCAGCUUUGGGGAUACGACACCUUGUUAAACCAGUGGAAUAUAUCUUCAGCAACGACGACGUCUGGCUCGGCAAUACAAAGAGUGUCAUAUGGAGGAGGGACAUCGCUUCAUAACAAGGGUUAUUACUACGGUGGAUAUCUCAAUAGCUUCACCAAUCCUCUAUGGAGUGGAGCUGCUUUUGCAACCAGCGGUCUGACGAUCUUUGACAUGGACGCCAAUACUAUCACCAACAAUACUGGACCUGAUAAUGUUGGCCGGGCUGAAGGAGUGCUGCUUUCUGUCCCAGCUUCUGCAGCAGGACUCCUGAUUUACUUUGGAGGUGUGGAAUUCUCAAGAGACUCUGAAAACUCCACAGAAGUUGCGAAAUCCAUGAGUGAAAUCAUGAUCUACGACGUGGGAGAUAGCAAAUGGUACAAACAGACAGCCACCGGACAGAUUCCUGAAAACCGUCGAAAGUUCUGCGCUGGUGCAACAUGGACUGAUGACCAGUCAUCCUACAACAUCUACAUUUAUGGAGGUUUCGGAUUUGGCGAGAAUUCUACCGGCUUCGAUGAUGUCUACAUUCUUACCAUGCCGACAUUUGAAUGGAUCAAGUGGUAUCCUGAGGCCCCAGGCGCGUCAGCACCACAUGGACUCCUCACCUGCAACGUUAUCGACCAUGGCCAGAUGAUGGUCAUGGGAGGCAACUUCACCAACAGCACUGCCUGCGAUGUUCCCUCCGUUGGCGCUCAGCACAACCUGAAUCUCGGACAGAAUAAUGUUGAGGACUCAAAAUGGUUCCAGUACCUACCUAAUCUCACAACCUACGAAGUGCCUCCCGCUAUACAAUCAGUUGUUGAUGGAACGGCCGAGGGCGGUGCCACGAGUCUUGAACCCGUUGGCGGAUGGAGUGACGCAGCUUUGGCAGUAUACUUCGGUGCAAAAGCACAAUUUGACGAAAGAACACCCACCCGCUACAUCCCUCCAACGGUGACGGCCACUACCGAACCAACUUCCACGCCGGCUCCAGAGAAAUCCAAUACCGGCGCGAUCGUUGGAGGCGCCGUCGGUGGUGUAGUGGCUCUCAUCAUCUUCGGUUUAGCAAUAUUCUUCUGGCUCCGUCGGAGGAAAGCAGCAACCCAAGGUAACGCCAAGUCCGGCGGUUCACACCCACCAAGCAACGUCCUCGAAGCACCAGGAAGCUCCAACGACGACAAGAUUCCCAUGGUGCGACCGAAGAUGGAGUAUUCCACAAAUAGCUCUCAUUCACAGAACAUCCCGCCCUACAGCCCGCCUCAAAUGGGUCCCUUCGGCCAAUAUUCGCAACAACCCUAUCCGUACCCACAGCCCUUCUACCCCGGCCACCCGCAGCAACAGAACUACGGUAUCCAGCAGAUGUAUUCCCCACUAGGCGGGCCUCACCCCGCAGAAAUGUACACGCAGCAGCCGCAGUAUCUGCCUCAGGAAAUGCAGGCAGCGCCACCAGUGCGACAGAUGACGCAUGAAAUGCCGUCCAAUCCUGUCGACCAGGCUAAGCUGGGCGAAGUCAGCCGCUCUGUGCCCCAAAGGGUGGGCUCGCCUGACAUCAAGUCUGAGACAUUGCAGUCCCAGACGCCCACUGAUCGGACUUAG